ACACCCCCGCAGCAGUGCGUGCUCACUCAGUCUGGCUGUCUGUCUAACAGACUGACCCCCCAGCAAGCGGUUUAAAGGGAACACAAGAGCGCUGUGUCAACGAAUCGCAAGCAGAAGGAUGCAACAGUUGAUGUGUGCAUAAAUUGCAGAGGUUUUUUUCUUGCGUUUGGAGACGCUCUGCGCACAGAGGGGAUAAUGGUUGGAAUCCACCAGAGGAAAAGGAUCCAAUCUUAAAAAGAUGGAGCAUUUGGACUAAAGCGCAUUCGAGUGGAUUUCAUGCCCUGCUGGGAUGGAGUUAAUGCGUGAAUCUCGGAUGGUCUGCGGCGGUGAGUGAGCAAUCUGCUGUGCAGAGUGCAGCGAACAUGCAGCGGUUUCUGCAGAGGAGGCGAGUGCGCAAGCUGCGGGUCGUCUGGGCUUCCCUGGCCCUGGUGGCUCUGUCUCUGGCCGCCUGCAGCGCGCUCUUCACGGCGUGGACCUGGAGGCAGACGCGGGACCUGUCGCAGUCCUUCCAGAUCCUGCAGGAUCGACUCGAGCAGGUCAACACGCAGAGGAAGGCUAUCGUUCAGCUGAUUCUGGAGAAAAGAGAGCUGCUGCUGGAGCGAGUGAAGCGAGACGGGGGCUCGACGCGAGGGAAAAAUGGCAAUGGAAGGAAAGCGGCGUCUCAUUUUGAGAUAACCAAACUCUCCUCCCAACAAGUUGGAGAUGGUGGCGUGAUAAAAGGCUGGGAGGAGAGGACGCUGAAUAUGAGUAAAGCAGUGAGGUACAACAAGGAUGAAGGUACCUUCACUGUGGAGAGAGCAGGGGUCUACUUCCUGUUCUGUCAGGUAUUGUUCAAUGAACAGCAGUCUCAGUAUGUAAAGCUGGACGUUGUGACCAACGGCCCCCGGCCCCAGAAGCUGCAGUGCAUGGAGGGCUACGGGACCACCCCGUCGGCGGGGCCACACUCCUUCCACUUCGUGAAGCCCUGCCAGGUGUCCGGCCUCCUGCGCCUCGAGAAAGGCACAGAACUCCAGGCCAUGACGGGCCCGUCCUUCAGUCUCCACCCAGUGGCCAAUCAUGUCUUCAGCAUCUUUAAAGUCAACUGAAGACCGCCGAUGCAAACUACACCAAUCCAGCAGGACCUACUGCAGAACUUUAAGUUAAAAAGAUGGAUGUUAUAAGGGCUUUUUAUCUACAAGGCCAAACAAAAGGCUACUGCUUUUUCCAAGUAAUUCAACAUAUGCUCAUCUGAGAGACAAAGCUCACAUUUGUGGAAGCUGUAGUGGAUUUUUUUUUUCUGGACUGCAGCCCGUUUUGGAAUUCAGUUUUGGACGAAAACCAAGACCUACAGUGAACAUAAAAAAAAACCUUGAUGAACUUCUGCCCAGAGAACAGAUGUGAUUGAAGCUGUUCUUUGGAUUAAAGGGCUCCACAGUAUAGGAAAACUCCUUGGUGGUCCACGGUGGCCCCUGUAUAAUGUAAUAAAGUGUGCCUGCACUCUCUUCAGUAAAAGACAGUUGAGAUGUGCACCUUCCACAUCUGCAAUUGUCAGAACUCUAUAAACGCUCUCUGUCGUUGGCAUUGACUCUAAAAAAAACGCUGCCUUUGUGCGAGUGUGAAUGAAACCUGAUGACUCCAACACUUUGUGCUGAUUUUAUGUUGAUACCAAUGAAAGGGCCUGUGUGAAUUUA